AUGGGAUUUGUUGGAAAGUGGGCUAUCAUUAAAGCAAGUCUUGCAUAUCCAACAAAGAAAAGUUCAAUGGGAAACUGUGUAGUUGCAGAGUUCCAGAAGCUACAGCAUCAGUAUCUAUUUGGAGCUGCUAAGUCCAUCUACAAGGAUCCAGCAGAGCCUAACUACUCUAUGAGAAACCACUGGGCCUGCACAGGCUAA